AUGAGUCUGGAUAAAUUUCCUAUUAAUUUUGGCAAAAUGGAAGAUAUAACGGGUCUUCCGCCAGAGUAUCAUGAUCUUGAAAGAGUAAAUAAAUUUAACCUUCAAAUUGUAGAAAUUUCAAACAAUCUUUUUGACCAUUUAAGAACUAUUGCUCAAAGUCCUACUGCUGAUACUCAUGACACAGAAGAAUCUUCAACAUCAACUCAACAAAAAAACUUACAUCAUGCAUUGGCACGAUCCGCAAAGGACGGAGCACAACUUCUUGAUCCUGAUGAUACCCUUGGGACUGCCUUAGAAAAAUACGGAACUGCACAAGAACGUAUUGGAGAGUGUCGAUAUAAAAUGGAUUCAGAAAUUUCGUUAAAUUUUUAUCAACCUUUUUAUGCAACUUUACAUACACAAAUUCAAGGUGCUAUGAAAGCCAGGGCAAAUGUCAAGUCUGCACGCUUGUCUCUUGAUGCAGCGAAAAAUAGGUAUAAAUCUGUUCGACAAGAAAGAAUAGAGGCUGCCAGAUUGGAAGUCGAGCAAGCUGAAGAUCAGUUCGUUGCUGCCGUUGAAGAGGCUACCACAAAUCUUGCACAUUUAGUCAAUGCACAAUUGACUUUUCACCUGGAAGCAUGCAAAGCGCUCGAAGAGGUUGUUCAAGAUAUUGAGGAGAUGCAGAUAAAGCAGGAGUCUUUGUACAGGUAA